CAGUGAGGGGCCCACUGCCGCAGCCGCCGGGGUGAUGAGAGCCCGGCUGCGGGCCAGGGCCUGCAGGACUGGUUCCGGAGAGCGUAGGAGAGAGAGGCGGACAGUGAGAGGGGAAGAUUUAGCGAGCACCCAGCGGAGGCGGUCCAGACGCCAGACAGAGGCCGGUCAGAGUCAGGAGGACAGCAGGCAGGAAUGAAGAUCUUCCCUGACGGGCAGUAUUUCCAUCUGCGGCACCGGGGCGUGGUCCAGCAGUCCCUGACCCCACACUGGGGCCACCGCCUGCGCCUGAAGAAAGACCCCAAGGUGCAGUGGUUCCAGCAGCAGACGGUGCAGCGGCGGGUGAAACGCUCCUUGGUGGUGCCCACGGACCCCUGGUUCUCCAAACAGUGGUACAUGAACAAGGAGGUGCAGCCGGACCUGAACAUCCUGCAGGUCUGGAGCCAGGGGCUGUCUGGCCAGGGCAUCGUGGUCUCUGUCCUGGACGACGGCAUCGAGAAGGACCACCCAGACCUCUGGGCCAACUAUGACCCCCUAGCCAGCUAUGACUUCAAUGACUAUGACCCGGACCCCCAGCCGCGAUACACACCCAGCGAUGAGAACCGGCAUGGGACCCGCUGUGCCGGGGAAGUGGCAGCGAUGGCAAACAACAGGUUCUGUGGUGCUGGCGUCGCCUACAAUGCCCGAAUCGGAGGGGUGCGCAUGCUGGACGGCACCAUCACCGACGUGAUCGAGGCCCAGUCGCUGAGCCUGCAGCCGCAGCACAUUCACAUCUACAGCGCCAGCUGGGGCCCCGAGGACGACGGCCGCACAGUGGACGGCCCGGGCAUCCUCACCCGAGAGGCCUUCAGGCGCGGCGUGACCCAGGGCCGAGGCGGGCUGGGCACCCUCUUCAUCUGGGCGUCGGGCAACGGCGGCCUGCACUAUGACAACUGCAACUGUGACGGCUACACCAACAGCAUCCACACGCUCUCGGUGGGCAGCACCACCCAGCAGGGCCGCGUGCCCUGGUACAGCGAGGCCUGCGCCUCCACGCUCACCACUACCUACAGCAGCGGCGUUGCUGCCGACCCCCAAAUCGUCACCACAGACCUGCACCACCGGUGCACGGACAAGCACACGGGCACCUCGGCCUCCGCCCCGCUGGCUGCGGGCAUGAUCGCCCUGGCUCUGGAGGCCAACCCGUUCUUGACGUGGAGGGACAUGCAGCAUCUGGUGGUCCGGGCGUCCAGGCCAGCGCAGCUCCAGGCCGAGGACUGGAGGACCAACGGCGUGGGGCGCCAAGUGAGCCACCACUAUGGCUACGGGCUGCUGGACGCCGGGCUGCUGGUGGACUUGGCUCGCUCGUGGCUGCCCACACAACCCCAGAAGAAAUGCGUUAUCCGCAUCGUGCACACCCCCACCAGGCCAGCAGGAGGGGCCCUCGCCUCGCGUGCCGCAGCCCCCAGCCCCAUCCUGCGGGUGAUGCACGUGAGGAAGAACGUGUCAGCCUGCAUCGGCCACGCCAACUACAUCCGCUCGCUGGAGCACGUGCAGGUGCAGCUGUCCCUGUCCUACAGCCGCCGUGGGGACUUGGAGAUCUCGCUCACCAGCCCCAUGGGCACCCGCUCCACGCUUGUGGCCAUCAGACCCUUUGACGUCAGUGGCCAAGGCUACAACAACUGGAUCUUCAUGUCCACCCACUUCUGGGACGAGGACCCGCGCGGCUUGUGGACCCUGGUCCUGGAGAACAAGGGCUACUAUUUCAACACAGCCUUUCCCUCUUCUCCCUGUGCCCACCACGACCCCUGCCCAGGAACGCUGUACCGCUACACGCUGCUGCUCUAUGGGACAGCCGAGGACAUGACAGCGCGGCCCUCGGGCCCCCAGGUGACCAGCAGCGCGUGUGUGCAGCGGGACACAGAGGGGCCGUGCCAGGAAUGCCAGAGCCCCGCCUAUAUCCUGGGCCACCUCUGCCUCGCCUACUGCCCACCGAGGUACUUCAACCACACCCAGCAGGCGGUGACGGCUGAACCUGGGCGCCCAGCCGCGCCUGCCCUGCGGGUCUGCUCCAGCUGCCACUCGUCCUGUUACACCUGCCGCGGCAGCUCCCCGCUGGACUGUACCGCUUGCCCCCCGCCGUCCACGCUGGACACGCAGCGGGGCUCCUGCUCGGGACCCGACCCCCCUGAGGGCCCCCCCCAGCCCACCGCGACCGCCUGCCCCUGCCGCCGCGGCCCGGCCCAGGCCGUGGUGCUGGCCCUGCUGGCCGUGGCCUUCGGGAGCCCCCUCCUCUGCCGCGUCCUCCUCGUGGGCUGCCCGCCACCAUGGGUGGGACCCCCCGGCGCGGGGGACCACUCCCGUCACCACUCCAGACCCCGCUGCAAGCUGGAACCCGGAGCUAGUUGACAAGGACAGCCAGCAUGCGCCUCCACCCAGGUCCCUGGUGGGCACUGCUGCCCUGCUGUCCAGAUGGGCGCCCCGUGGGAAGCUGCCCUGGGAAGGCCCUGGCUGCCACCGAGGCCGCGGGCCAGGGGCGGCCGCGUGGGAUCCUGCACCCCGGACUUGGCAGGUCCAGGUGAAAGAGGGGGAGAGAGAGAGAGAAGUCUCGUUGCACAGUUUGGGUCGGGAGAGGGUAGGAUGGGGCAGAGCCCGGCAGUGACCACCAUCCCUUCCCUUCCCGGAAUGGGGGAAGCGGGAAAGAGAGCAGAUGACACUGUCCAGAGUCUCGGGUACCACGUGCGACCUCAGAGUUUGCAAAUAAAGGUUGAAUAGGAGGUGCAA